AUUUCCUCCUGGGUGCAAUUCUACCUCCGCUCAAGGGAAUUAUUUGGAGGCCAUAAACCUCUCCUUCAACGUGUUUGACAAACAUUACAUUAAUCGAAACUUUGACCGUACGGGCCAGAUGUCAGUAGUCAUCACACCUGGAGUGGGUGUCUUUGAAGUGGAUCGGCUGCUCAUGAUCCUCACCAAACAACGCAUGAUAGAUAACGGGAUUGGGGUAGACCUGGUGUGCCUGGGAGAGCAGCCACUCCAUGCUGUGCCUCUCUUUAAGCUGCACAAUCGCUGCAGUCCUGGAGAUUCUCGCUUGGGGGAUGACUACAAUAUACCCCACUGGAUAAAUCACAGUUUCUACACCUCCAAAAGCCAGCUCCAGUGUAGCAGCUUCACUCCUCGGAUCAAACUGGCGACCCGAAAACCACAGAGUGAAAAAGCAAAAAGUAGCAAGGAUUCUUCUUUGGGAGCCCCUAAAGAAACAGAGAACGCUCUCCCUAUUCAAGUGGAUUAUGAUGCGUACGAUGCCCAAGUUUUCCGUCUGCCUGGACCGUCCAGAGGCCAACGUUGUACCGCCUUCAGGUCUGUGCGGGAGAGAGAGAGUCGCCCUCGGAAAAGCUCCAGCUCCUACGACGUCUCCUCCAGCCCUUCACUGCAGGGCCGGCCCUUGCCCCUGGAGGAGGUGAGGAGCCAGGUGUCCGACGACGGCUCCUUGGGCAAGGUCUCCAGCAUCCUGAUGAUCCCGCGCCCGCACCCACACCACGAAGUCAGCAGCUCUCUGGGCUACAUGAGCACACGAGAUGCCCUGGAGAACGUGUUGGAGUCUCAGCAGCGUGACUCCAGUGCGCCUGGAAGAUUCCAUGUUGGCAGUGCUGAAUCCAUGCUGCACAGCCGUUCUGCCGGGGGAUACCCACCACAGCGAGCCCUCAUCAACCCUUUUGCUCCCUCCCGGAUGCCCAUGAAACUCACCUCCAACCGGAGGCGCUGGAUGCACACAUUCCCCGUAGGUCCUUCCGGAGAAGCCAUUCAAAUCCAUCACCAGACUCGCCAGAACAUGGUGGAGAUGCAGGACAGUGGGCAGAGGGACUGGACUCGCUCCUCGGCUGACCUCCUGGAGCUCGCCUACCACGAAGCGGCUGGCAGGCAUGGAGUUUCUCGGCACCCCGGUGACAGCACUUCCUUCCUGAGCUUCAGCGGGACGGAGGAGGGCCCUCCCCAGCUGCAUGGCAGCCACAGCACAGGAGCAAGUGUCCGAAACCAAAGCAAGGACUCCACGGAAAGCACUGUUUCUAGCUCACUGGAUCCGAUUCUGACGCUGUCUGCUCCCCCCGUAGUGCCAGGCUUCUGUUGUACGGUUGGGGUGGACUGGAAGUCCCUCACCACCCCGGCAUGCCUCCCCCUCACCACGGAUUACUUCCCGGACCGCCAGAGCCUGCAGAAUGACUACACCGAGGGCUGCUACGACCUGCUUCCCGAGGCUGAUCUGGACCGGAGGGACGAGGAGGCUGUGCAGAUGACGGCCCAGCAGGUGUUCGAGGAGUUCAUCUGUCAGCGACUCAUGCAGGGCUACCAGCUCAUCGUGCAGAGCAAGCCGCAGAAGCCCGUCACCGCCGCUGCCCAGCCCCCUCUCAGCAGCAGCCCCCUGUACAGCCGAGGUGCUCAGGGGCGCUGUUUGUGCGUCCUGCGACCAGGCCUCGUGUCACGCAGCCGGCCUGAGGAGGAAGAUCAGUACUGGCUGAGCAUGGGCCGCACCUUCCACAAAGUGGCCCUGAAGGACAAGAUCAUCACCGUCACUCGGUACCUGCCUAAGUAUCCAUAUGAAUCUGCCCAGAUCACCUACACUUACAGCCUGUGCCCUUCCCACUCUGACUCAGAGUUUGUCUCCUGCUGGGUGGAGUUCUCCCACGAGAGGUUAGAGGAGUAUAAGUGGAAUUACCUGGACCAGUAUAUCUGCUCUGCAGGUUCGGAGGACUUCAGCCUCAUCGAGUCACUGAAAUUCUGGAGGACCCGUUUCCUGCUGCUGCCCGCCUGCAUCAGUGCCACAAAGCGCAUCAUGGAGGGCGAAGCACACUGCGACGUGUACGGAGGCAAGGCGCGCUCGGACGAGGAGGAGUGGCAGCUCCUGGACGGUUUCAUCCGCUUCGUGGAAGGGCUGAACCGCAUCCGCAGGCGCCACCGAUCGGACCGGAUGAUCCGGAAAGGGUCUGCUCUAAAAGGCUUGCAGAUGGCAGGCCCACUCUCCGCUCACGCUCUGGAACCAUCUGGGCCUCCGUUUGGCAAGAAGGGCACCUCGGCCCUCUCCGCCCUGCUGGAGAUGGAGGCCAGUCAGAAGGCGCUCGGCGAGGGGCAGGCAGCCGCGCUCGCUGGGAAGAGUGCUGGCCAGUCCGCAGAGAGCAGCAGUGCGGCCAUGACGCCCACGCACUUGGACAGUCCACGCAAGGUCUCCGCUGACCAGAGCAUGCCCAGCACCCUCGAAGGCCCCACGCUGAGCGCCACAGGCCAGUCUGCAGACCGGAGCAGCGCUGCAGCCAGCGCCCAGAACACGGGAGACCCACCCUCCGUCACACCUGGGUCCAGUGAGAGCAGCUCCGCCAGCUCCCUGACCUCCUCGUCCACCCUGACGGAGAUCCUCGAGGCCAUGAAGCACCCCACCACCGGGAUCCAGCUGCUCUCGGAACACAAGGGCCUCUCCCCGUGCAGCUUCAUCAGCGCUGAGGUGGUUCACUGGCUGGUGAACAUGGUAGAAGGCGUGCAGACCCGGGCCAUGGCCAUGGACAUCCUGCAGAAAAUGCUGGACGAGCAGCUGAUCGUCCACGCCUCUGGAGAGGCCCUGCACACCUUCAUCUACGGGUUCUACUUCUACAAAGUGGCCGAAGACAAGGAGCAGGAGCCAGUGGGAAUACAGCAGCCGGCCAUGUGGCAUGCGGCCACCAAGGAUGAUUUCUCCGCCUUCCAGCGGAAAUGGUUCGAGGUGGCCUUUGUCACGGAAGAGCGCCUUCACUCGGACAUCCCGGCGUUUCUUCUGCCGUGGCUGCCCAGCCGCCCCGCCUCCUAUGCGAGCAGGCACAGCUCCUUCAGCCGCAGCUUUGGGGGACGGAGCCAGGCAGCCGCACUGUUAGCUGCCACGGUGCCAGAGCAGCGGACGGUGACACUGGAUGUGGACAUCAACAACCGCACAGACCGCCUGGAGUGGUGCAGCUGCUACUAUCAUGGGAACUUCUCCCUCAGCGCAGCCUUCGAGAUCAAGCUGCACUGGAUGGCCGUGACAGCGGCCGUUCUCUUCGAGAUGGUUCAGGGUUGGCACCGCAAAGCCACUUCCUGUGGAUUCUUGCUGGUGCCUGUCCUGGAGGGCCCCUUUGCGCUGCCCAGUUACCUGUACGGGGACCCGCUUCGAGCCCAGCUGUUCAUCCCGCUCAGCAUCAGCUGCCUGCUGAAGGAGGGCAGCGAGCACCUCUUUGACGCCUUUGAGCCAGAAACCUACUGGGACCGCAUGCAUCUCCUCCAGGAGACGAUCGCACACAGGUUUGGGUUUGUGCAGGACAAUUAUUCUGCCUCAGCGUUCAACUUCCCUUCCGAGAACAAGCCUCAGUACAUCCAUGUCACGGGAACGGUGUUUCUCCAGCUGCCCUACUCCAAGCGGAAGUUCUCCGGGCAGCAGCGACGGCGUCGCAACUCCACCAGCUCCACCAAUCAGAAUGUCUUCUGUGAAGAGCGCAUCGGCUACAGCUGGGCCUACAACACGAUGCUGACCAAGACAUGGCGGUCCAGCGCGACAGGAGAUGAGAAAUUUGCCGACCGGCUGCUGAAGGAUUUCACAGACUUUUGUGGGAAUAAAGACAACCGGCUUGUCUCCUUCUGGACAGGCUGCCUGGAGAAGAUGCACGCAAGCGCUCCCUGAGCAGGGCGGCCACCUCAGCUGGGGGGGCCACGCUGGGAAGUGGGGUACAGCAAGCAUCUCGGGAGCUCUGCUCUGGCUCUUGGAAAUGCGGGUUCCCGGGAUGCUGGGGACCAGCCAAGUUGGCAGUUGCUGCAGGUGGAGGCAGACUGACUCCCUGCAGGCCAUUCCCGUUGAGUGGCUCACCCGGAGGAAAUCCCUGGGAAUGAUGGUGGGCUCACCAGCAUCGCGUUGGGAUGCAAGUAACCCGUUGCAGCUUGGCCGGGUGAGCAAAGGUGUUCUGACUCUCCUGCAAAGCUCGUCACAUUUUCUGUGUAUAUGUAAGAUACUAUGCAUAUAGAUCUGCAAUUUACAUAGUAUGAAAAAUGUAUGAAAUAAAACCGCACAUUGUUCUCCUCUUA